AGCCGAGUAUUCACUCCAGAUCUUGGGGAUUUUUGAGUCUCUCACUGCGGAAUGUCUUCUCUAGCCUACUUUUAAAGUGAGUGUAAGCUUUGACUCAGUAAAUCACCACUUACUCAGUCGAACAGAUUGCCUCUAAGACAGUCCGGUUCUCUGGAUGGGGAAACGUUGCUGCAAAAUGAGGGCGCUGUGUUUGAACUUUGCCAUCACCUGUCUGUGGCUUCUCCCUGUGGCGAGCUUAAAUGGAUGAAUGCUUCAAAACUAUCUACAAGGUUAAACACAGCCCAAGUGUUGCUCUCAGAGUUACAAAGAAAAUCUCGGAGACAGACGUCUCCAAACUUAAAAAUAAAAAACAAGACCACCUGCAUUCUAGACUACCACUAGGGAUACAGGUCCAGGAAACAGCCAAUCCCUUGAACUUUCAGAGCCAACAUUGGAGAGAGGAGGAAGGAGGAAGAGUGCACACAGUGGGAGCUGCUUUGAAGGUUAAACAUAUCUCCAAAGACUUACAGAUCAUCUCCACCAAACACAAAACACCAGCUUACGGCUCUCUCGGCCCAUACGGAUGGCCGCAGAAUGUCUCUCAAGCCCUGGAUCAGUAUCUGUACCGACCUCUUCCCAAAUCCAAACCUCCCGCAAAAACAUCCCCAAAGGCCAAGAAGAUCCUGGGCUGGGGCAAUUUUUACUUUAACGUGAAAACAGUGAAAUUCAGCCUCCUAGUGACGGGGAAAAUCGUGGACCACAUCAACGGCACAUUCAGUGUCUACUUCCGCCACAACUCGUCCCGUUUGGGAAACAUAUCCGUCAGCAUCGUCCCUCCUUCCAAAGCUGUAGGAUGGGAGGUAUUUGAUCCGGCGGCUCAGGGUGUUCACACCAAAAACUCAGUCCUGGUUCCGGAUCUGACUUCCCAAUUCCAAAGCCCACCUCAGUCCACCAGCUCUACUCCUCCAGACCAGCAGAAGCAGCAGCAGCAGGACACAAUGAUGGUGACCGAACUCAACUGCCGGAUUGAAUACCAGAGAACCAACCGGUCCAAGAAGACCAAGCCUUGCAUGUACGACCCGGGGCAGACCUGCUACUCUGAAAACACCCAGUCCCAGGCAGCCUGGAUCUGUGCCAAACCCUUUAAGGUUAUAUGCAUCUUCAUUGCCUUCACUGGUACCGAUUACAGGCUGGUGCAGAAAAUCUGUCCAGACCACAACUAUCAGACAGAGCAGAACCAGCAGCACUUCGGAUGACUCAGAUUCUGAGAUGCUGAAACACGGACUUUACAUACAUCCUUCAAAAUCAUAUGUUCAGUUUUCAAACUAGUUUCAAACUGUUUUAUAUGCCAUUAAAAACAUGUUUUCCACAUGUCAGUGAGUGCAGUUUGAGCCAAAACUUGUGUUAAUAUCAGCAUUGACUGUUAGCGAUGACAUUUAUAACAUGUGCUUUGUUUUGUCUGAAACUAAACUCAUCUGCCAAAAGCUCCACAUUGUUUUUAAAAGAAAGCAGUGACUUAAUUCAUGAGAUCACUUUGUGUGUUGUGUUUUAUGAAUUUUGUUUUCUGAA